AAUCGCCAUCACGCCAUUGCCUUGACGCCUACGCCCAAGUCAACGUAGGCGACGCCAUAAAUUUCACCUCUACCCACGCACCCCCGAGCCUCGACAACCCACGGACGAUCAAAGCACCCGCCGUCCACCACGAUGACCACCGUCACUUCAGGCUUCGGUUUUGCCGCCAACGGCAACGGCAACGGAGGCACAGAGUUUCUCUCCAUGCUUGCCCCGCCCAAGAAUGACCUCACCGAGUACGAUAAUACCAAGCCACACUCUCGGCAGCCCGCCUCGAUACCACAAGUCUUCCGCGAUGCCAUGUCGGUACGUGAAGAAGUCUAUGGCGAGCAGGGUGUACCCCUGGAAGCUGAGUUCGACGAAGACGACGCACGAAGCUGGCACUGGGUGGUUUAUGCAUCCGUAGCUUCCACCGCAAGCACACCACCUAAGCACAUGCGCGCCGAGGGCUCAACAACCAAAGAAGAGGACACCAGAAGGGCAAGUGCGUCGGCUUCGCGCCUACCCGUAGGUACUGUGCGGCUUAUCCCCGCGCCGCAUGGACCAAACAAAUAUCUUGAGAGCCCAGACAAGCAUUCGGAUGCAGACCCACCUGGAGGCACCACUGCAUCCGAGAAGAAGCACCCCACCGAGCCGUACGUCAAGCUGGGCCGCCUAGCUGUUCUCGCGCCCUACCGUAAGCUCGGCCUCGCAAAGUUGCUCAUAAACACGGCCAUCGACUACGCCGCGAAGCAUCCCGACACUAUCUAUCAGCCACCCUCACCCACGACUAUGGAGCUUGCCAAUUUGCGCGGCCAGGCAACUCACGACGCCGCCACAUGGCAAGGCCUCGUUAUGAUUCACGCUCAAGCCAACCUCAAGAACUACUGGGAGAAACAUUUCGGAUUCAAAGAGGAACUUAGGAGUGAAAACGGCGAAGUGCAGAUAGCAAAAGAGCCGCAUUGGGUGGAGGAAGGCAUCGAGCAUGUAGGCAUGUGGAAGAGGCUGAAGAUUGACAACGGAAGGUUGUAAUGCAUCAUCCCCGUUGCUCUGCAUUGCAUAUCCUUCCUUGUUUUCUCUGCCUUUUCUCCCGAUGAGGCGCACUUGAUCGAAAGGUUUUAACUUGUCCGAAAUCUAGGCCAAUCUACAUAGCCACUCCUCCACCUGCGCUGUGGCCCGGGUUUGGUUACGGAUACCCUUGAUCUCAACAGCGUACCCCAAACAGCGCUCUGGCGACUCCGACAUUUCUUUUGUUCUCAUGUUUCAUCUUCAGCAACGACGAGAGAUAUCCCAAUACCCCCUAUAUGGCAAGAAAACGUACUACGACACGACAUUUCUUUCUUGUAACUCCGAUUCCAGAUUCUGGGCUUGCCGCAAGGCGGUCGCUUCCA